CCAAUGGAGGGAGUAGUUCUGAAAUCGAAGACAACUCAAGUGUUUUUAACAUAGUAUUUAAGUACCUUAUUUUGUAAUUUGUAACAAUAAGUUUUAUAAAAGAUGUCUUGCUGUUCAGGAGAUGAGGAUGAUGAACAACGGCCUGAGCCGACACGUGUGCGAGGAUGCACAGAUAUUUUCUGGCUUUGUUGCUUUAUAGUAUUUUGGUUUCUUAUGAUCUUAAUAGCAGCUUUUGCUCUUGUUUAUGGUAACCCUUUACGACUUAUUAAUGGAUAUGAUAGCUUUGGAAACACUUGUGGUAUGAAAAAUAACCCAAAAUUUGGUAGUAUGGAAUUAUCUGGACAAGAUACUAGUGAUAAACCAUUCCUAUUCUUUUUGGAUAUACGUAAUGUUACACAAUCCUUAAAAAUUUGUGUAAAGAAGUGUCCAGAUCGAACUAUGACAACAAUGAAUGAUAUAUGUAAAUUUUAUGAAGAAACGGGAUCUCAACUUUGUCAUGACAAACCAGGAAAUGAUCUAAGUGCUUGUAGUAAUGGAAAUAGAGAAAAUAAAACUGGUUCUUGUCCUGGAUUACCAGUGUAUAAUAGUAUACCAAUUCUUAAUCGUUGUAUUCCUAAAGCUAUUAAAGAUGUGGGAGAAACUGCAAAUUACAAAUUGCAAUUAAUUGCAAAUUUAUAUGGCCUUAUUAAUUCUUGGGAUAUUAUUGAACAAAUUUUAGGAGAUUUGUAUAAAACGUGGAGAGAGAUUUUGUCUUUAUCCUUCUUAGCUUUUGUUUUAUCUCUCUUUAUGAUUGCCAUAUUUCAUUUAUUAGCAAGUAUUGUAACAUGGAUUGUGAUGAUUCUUGUCAGUGUAACUACUAUAGCUGGAAGUGUAUUAUUAUGGUGGACAUAUAUAGAGAUUAAAAGAACUUUGGAUAAAACUAAUCCAAAUCAGCUUUUAGAAGAAUCUGUUAGAAAUGAAAGAGCGUUUCUAGCCUUUUCUAUUAUUGCAACAAUAAUAACUGUCAUUUUAUUAUUACUUUUAAGCAUAUUAAGUAAACGUAUUAGAUUUAUGACAGCAUUAUUCAAAGAAAGUGCUAAAUGUUUAGCAGAAUUACCAGGUUUAUUUUUUCAACCCUUAUUAACAUUUACUGCUCUGAUAUUAUUUUUUACAUUUUGGGUAACUGUAAUUCUUUGCCUUGCAACAGCUAAUUAUCCUGGAACAAAAUCUGUACAGAUGUAUAAAAAUCACAUAUUUGAUCCUCUAAAUUUUAGUCUAAUUAGAGAAAAAAGUGCAUAUGUUGAAGAAAGGAAAUUUGACUUUUCCCUUGACUCAUUUAAAACUUUCACACUUGUGGAAUAUGUAGACCCAACUUGGGUAAAAUAUAUGUGGUGGGUGUAUAUCAUAGGAUUAAUAUGGACGUCUGAAUUCAUUAUUUCUUGCCAAGAUAUGGUGAUAUCAGGAGCUGUAGCUCAUUGGUAUUUUAGAGGCAAAGACGCUAGUGCAUCCCUAGUAUGCUCUGCUAUGGGAAAUUUAGUUAGUUAUCACUUAGGUUCUGUGGCUUGUGGUUCAUUUUUAAUAACACUUUUUAAGUUACCUCGUUUAAUCUUAACAUAUCUUUAUGCUAAGUUUGAGAAAAGCAAAGAAACAUCUCCAUGUGCACAGUGUGGUUUAAAAUGCUGCAUAUGCUGUUUUUAUUGCUUAGAAAAAUUUAUUCGAUAUAUGAAUCAUAAUGCAUAUACUGUAGUUGCCAUUGAAGGGACACAUUUUUGCAAUGCAGCCAAAAUCGCAUUUACAGCUCUUGUUAGUAAUGCUUUACAAAUUGCAGUAAUUAAUGGAAUAGGAGAUUUUAUUCUAUUUUUGGGUAAAUGUUUUGUCACUGCUGCAACGGGGAGUGUUGGAUUGUUAUUUAUGAAACAGGAUCCCAGAUUACAUUUUUAUGCAGCACCAAUUUUCGUUAUCUGUGUUUUUGCAUUUUUUAUUGCUCAUUGUAUUAUUUCUCUUUAUGAGACUGUAAUAGAUACACUUUUUCUUUGUAUCUGUGAGGACAAGAAUUUAAAUGGAGAGAAUGGAAAGUGGCGUCAGUCAGCAUUAGCUCAAAUUGGAUCUAAUACUAGUUCAAAUGGACAACAGUCGCAUGAAUUAGUACCAAUGAACACAUAAGUAUUAUGCUAAAGCACAAAUUUCCUUCCCAAUAUUCCCUCACUUUUAUAGAUGCUUUUAUGCAACAUUAUAUCAUCCAUAAAAUUAAGAUCAUCAUAUACAUACAUAUAUACUAUUAUACAUACAUUAUAUAAUAUUAUAUAAUAAUAGUGUAAUAGCAAUUAUAUAAUAUAUAUAUGUAUGUACAUAUGAUUACGAAUAUGUACCUUACAUCAAAGUUAUAAGCUAUAUUUAAAUAACAGCUUAAACUUAUCAAUUAACAAAUCUUUUUAUACAUCUAAAACUACUGCCAUAUAUGUACAAAAUAUCUUUCAUUUGUAGCACAGGAUUUCUAAUCAGUUUUUAAUCAGUUUAGCAUUUCCUUAAAAAAUGCAUAAAAAUAAUAUUAUUAAUUAAUAUUUCUAAAAGCUAUUACACUAAAACCAUGAGAAAUAUGUAUUUUGAUUAUAAAAAAAAUGUUAUAUAAAGAUCUGUUUUAUAAAGAUAUUAAAUUAAGAAAAGAUCAACCGUUUAUAUUUUAUGUACGAUUUUGUAAAAUUUAUUAGUAAAAGUAUUGUUUGCUAUUUUUAUAGUACUUAAUAUAUGUGGAGAAUACAGAUUUUAAUCAUGCAUUUUUUAAAGUCCUUAGAUACAUAUAUUUUCAUAAAAACAUCAACAAAAAAAAUUGGUUUUUACUAUCUUGGAGAGAAUAUGUGUUUUCUUUUCGUUUUAGAAUUGUUAUCAGUAUUUAUAAAUGUAACAUAAAUAUAUAAUUUUCUAUAUAAUGAAAAUAAUGAAUGACAUAACUGAAGAUGUAAAAAAUGAUAUGAAAGAUCUACAAGUACUAUUAUUUACUAAAAUCGAGAGAACUAAGUAUGUAUACUACGGAAUCGUGAUGUCGAGACUGAAUUAUUUUGGAUUUGUAAAAUCUAGAUUGAACUACCCCAAUGUUAUUGCAACCUCAAUUUCUAUACUUAUGUGAUUCCGUAAUACAUUUGUGUUGGUUCUACGGUCUUUAAUAUCUUAUCUUCUAGUUUUGAAAUACAUUAUUAUCAUGUGGUAUAUGCAAAUAAGUAGAUAAAAUAUUUUUUUAUGUUUUAUUUUAGGUGUUUUUUUAAUAUUAAGUGAAGAAAGGAAAGUAUAAUGUGUAACUAUAAUAACCAUCUUGCUAUUUUUAAAUUUUGAAUCUAUACCUGAAUUUUCAUACCUGAAUGAUUGUUAUUGUUUAAAUAAUUCUUAAUUAACAUCAUAAGUCAAUUUAAAUUUGAGCUUAGAGUUUAUACAUGAAAACAUUCAAGCAUCUGCAUUAAUAUGCAAUGUAUAAGGUGUCCUAUAAAGUGUGCUUUAAUGUAACUAAAUCAAGUACAAAUAUGUGCCAGCGCAAUUUAUAAUGCGAUAAGAAUCUAUGAAUAACUUUAUGUAGUAUUAUCAAAUGACAUAUACUAUGAUAAUAAAUCUACUUUUAUUUC